GCGGUGCUCCGUGCCGCUGCUGCGCUCCGCGCUCCGUGCCGCGGGCAGCCCUGCAGGGAUGGGGGGCUCCCUCCCGGACCGCUGCCCCGGCUCGCUGCGGCGGGGAGGCCGGUGCUGAGGGUCGGGUGUGGAUGCAGCGCUGUGCUCUCAGGGCAGCAGAGAUGAAGCACUGCUUCUACAAUGAGACCGUGGGCUUCUUCUACAACAACAGCCGCAAGGAGCUGACCACCUACUGGAGGACCAAAGAUGUGCUGGUGGUUGCCCUGGGCCUGACUGUGAGCGUCAUCGUGCUGCUGACCAACCUGCUGGUCAUCACGGCCAUCAUCAUCAACCGCCGCUUCCACUACCCCAUCUACUACCUGCUGGGCAACCUGGCGGCUGCUGACCUCUUUGCUGGCAUUGCCUACAUGUUCCUCAUGUUCCACACCGGGCCCAGGACGGCCGAGCUCUCCCUGAAGACCUGGUUCAUCCGUCAGAGCCUGCUGGACACCAGCCUGACUGCCUCUGUGGUGAACCUGCUGGCCAUUGCUGUAGAGAGGCACCAGACUGUCUUCACCAUGCAGCUGCACAGCAAGAUGUCCAACCAGAGGGUGAUGAUCCUCAUCUUCUGCAUCUGGGUCACUGCCCUGCUGCUGGGGCUCAUCCCUUCCUACGGCUGGCACUGCCUCUGUGCCCUGGAGAAGUGCUCCAGCAUGGCCCCCCUCUACAGCAGGAGCUACCUGACCUUCUGGGCCAUCUCCAACCUGGUCAUCUUCCUGAUCAUGGUGGUUGUGUACACACACAUCUUCAUCUAUGUCAAGAGGAAGAUGACAAGGAUGUCCAAGCACACGAGCUUCCACCCUCGCUACAAGGAGACCAUGAUCAGCCUUGUCAAGACGGUCACCAUCAUCCUCAGUGCUUUUGUCAUCUGCUGGACUCCAGGCCAAGUCGUGCUGCUCCUGGAUGGGCUGGGCUGCAAGAGCUGCAACGUGCUGGCGGUGGAGAAGUACGUCCUUCUGCUGGCAGAGAUCAACUCGCUGAUCAACGCCAUCGUCUACUCGUACAGGGACAGCGAGAUGCGCAGCACCUUCCGCAGGAUCCUCUGCUUUGUCUGCUACAGGAAUUCCAAAUACACCCCCACGGUGGUGAAGCUCAACACCACAGACCGCAGGACACUGUCCCACAACGGGCACUUCACUGUGGAUUCCUCCAUCUAGCUCUUGGUCAGCGAGACAAGGGGAAGGGGAAAGGGCAGAGGCUGGGAGCCACGGAGGCAGCAGAGACCUGCGGGGUGCUGGGGCAGCGGCGCCUCGGCGACACUGGCCAGGCAUAACGGACGAGAGGCUUGUAGGGAACUGCUGCACCGUGUGUUGUUUAGGACAGAGGCACCUUGGGUAGUGUUCUGAUUAAAGACUAACGCCAGGGUGGUUUCAUUUUAGCAGCACCUAGAGGUGUGCACAGCAGGAGUGGCGUGUGAGCUCCCAGCAAGCAAAGUAUUCCCCUCGGUACUUCAGUAUUACUGCCUUCAGUAGUCACUCCAGCGAGCCAGAGCUCUCCAGCUUGCUAAACAGCAGCUUAGUGCUUCCCCAGAGAGUCUUGCUCUGGCUGUGUUCUACCUGCUUCAGAACUCUUAUUCUUCUUGAGGCCUCUUCCAAGAGGAACCUGUUUGGGAUUGCAUCCUGAGAAGCAGAUUCCUGCCUUCCCAAGGGCCUGCUGCAGCGUUUCCAGGUAUUCUUGGGCUUUUGGAGGAUGCCUCAGGAGCACCCAGUUCUGUCCUGAGAUGGAGAGCAGUGCUGUAACCGGCUGCAGCCGUGUGUGUGCCCUGCUAAGUGAUACCACGUGCUGUCCACAAGCUCCUCGCCCGUUCACAGAUGUGGAGUGAGUCACGUUCCCAUUAAACCAUCUUUCUGCUCCUUGAAAGCCCCUUUGGGACAGGUUUAGCUGAGAUUCCAAGGCGUUUUGCCUUGGGUUUUAAUGUGUCAGUCUGUACCUUAAUCAACUGCCCAGCCCACGUGGUGAGGGUCUGUUCACACGCAGCCUUUCUCCCCGCUGGUGUUUACUAACCCCAGCGCCCGUGGGAUCUGCUUUCCCGAGGCAGUGCGGCUGCUGAUGGCCAGGGCUGGAGGGCAAAGGCUCUGCCUGCAAGAAUACUCAUGGCUGAGAAACUCGAUCCUUCCCGUGUCUCCUUUGCCUUCCUGCUGUUAAAGUUUAACAGUGGGAACGUGCCUGUUGAAGGUCAAAGCGAAGCGGAGUUAGUUGUUUAACCGUGGGCUCCUGUGAGAGCAGGGAGAGGCCGAGGCAAGGCACGUUUGUCUGAAUGCAUCGUGUCAGGCUUGUUUCAGCCAUCCCUGUUGUGUCAGGUGAGCAGCUUCCUGACCGACCCCCUCGCCUGGCUUUGCAGAGGAGGCAGCUCCCGGUGACUCCGUGUGUGUGUAAGGUCCUUGCAGAGCAGGGUGAGGAGGUGACACAGUGUUAGAGGGGAUGGGGCUCCUGGGCUGAAAAACACUCUUGGGAUGUGGUUCCCAUCUCCCUGUCCCAGAGACUUCCUGAAUAAAUGCUUCUGUCCUGGGUUUUAGAAAAGAAGACUUGAGUGUUUCCUCGCUCUCCCUUCUCUGAAGCCCUGGGGAAGGUGACGUGCUCCAGGUGUGAGGCCAGAGUCCCCUCUGUGCUUGCAUCUUCUGUGAGCUCAGGUGGCUCUGCCACCAAUCUGCCUUCCAGCUUACUGUGGGGUGUCAAAUGUGGCAUUAUCCCUCUUUGCAGUCACUAUGAAACAGCCUUGAAAGGCUCUUUGCUGCUUUCAUCAGAGGGAGUUUCCCUGGAGUUGGUUUGUGGGUCUGGGGUCUGUGAUGGGUGUGACAUUUGUUCUGGACUUUACUGUGUGUUGGGUGGGAGGAAGGAAGAGACACCCAGGAACUGUUUUAAAGGGAUCAACUGUGGGACAAGUGAGAACACACAACGUGAUCAAAGAUAGGCUGUGUGGGUCCAGGAAUGAGAGGUCAUGCCUUGCUGACUGGUUGGAAUUCCUUAAG